AUGGCCUCACCGAACCCCGUUCCGGCAACCCCUCGCGUGAUCUCUCCGACACCCUCUGUUUCCGACCCAUCGGAGGGACCCGAUGGAUAUUUUGCGCCAGUGACACGAUCGGCAGCGCGCCGGCAACGCCAUCCUGAGUCUUCAGGGUCAAGUACCGGGUCAGCGCGGACAUCGAGAACUCCCACAACACCCUCCACGCGCACCCGAAGGUCGAACCCCAUGAUACCCGCUUCUCCGCCGCACUCACCAAAUGGAACCGCCGCGAAGGAUUACCUCUCACCAUUAAGCAUCCCGGACGCUCUGCGCGAUUUGUCAAGAUCGCCUUCGCCCCUUGGCCUGAUUCCUCUGCACUCGCGCUACCGCAGCUUCAUUCACCGCCAUGAAAUCCCGCGCAAGCUCUUGCACGUGUCAAUAGGAUUUUUGACUUUGUCCUUAUACACCCGAGGCAUCCAAACAUUACAGAUAACACCUGUCCUAUUCACCGCAUUAGUGCCUAUUGCUGCAACAGAUCUUCUCCGUCACCGCUCUGAGAAGCUCAAUAAGAUCUACGUCAGGUGCAUGGGUGCACUCAUGCGCGAAACCGAGGUUAGCGGCUAUAAUGGUGUGAUUUGGUACCUCCUUGGAGCCUAUGUUGCCCUGCGGUUCUUCCCCAAGGACGUUGGUGUUAUGAGUGUGCUACUCCUGAGUUGGUGUGACACCGCCGCCUCCACAUUCGGCCGUCUUUAUGGCCGCUACACACCCCGCCUGCGACCCGGCAAGAGCUUGGCUGGCACUGUGGCCGCCUGGGUGGUCGGUGUCGUUACCGCCGCUGCAUUCUGGGGCUGGUUUGUGCCUUAUAUCGGUGCCUUCCCCAACGACCCGGAGGACGCCUUCAUGUUUACAGGACGCCUGAACCUGUUUCCCAACUGCAUUCGUGGACUUCUGGGCUGGGAAGCAAGUGAUUCCGCUGUUAUCACCGGUCCCUUGGCUCUGGGUGCCAUGAGCGUCGUUUCUGGUGUUGUUGCCGCGGGCAGCGAGUUUAUUGAUCUGUUCAGCUGGGAUGACAAUCUCACGAUCCCUGUCCUGAGUGGCAUCGGACUUUGGGGAUUCCUCAAGGUCUUUGGAUAG